UGAAUUUUUGGGAGGCUCAAGUCCUUCUUGUCUUUCUUCCUGAACCAGAUACAGCCAUCUUCAACAUUUACCUCCCCCAAAAAAGAGAUAUAUCCUCAUAAAUCACUGAAAUCAUGUCGCCCGUUCAGUCGCAACCCCACUCUCAGGCACAGAUGGCACCGCGCCCAGCCGCUGACAUUGAGAUGGAGUCCACAGCCCCGUCGCCACCCCAGGACGAGAAUUCAACCGAGCCUAAAUCAAUCCAGUCACGUCUGGGUCUCAGGGGAGGAGGUCUUAUAUUCGAUCUCUGCGCCUGUUUCAUCUGUUGCGAGUGCUGCGAGGCUUGCAUCAAGGGCGUUGAUGACUGCUGUUGCUGUUAAGGGAGGUGGGCUUCGGGAGAAUAAGCUGUCGACCUAGAUCAUUGCUUGCAAAACGACACGCCGUUUAUAUUUGCAAUUUCCUUUCUUUCUUUUCCAUAAAGGCUAUCAGGAGUUGAAUAUAUACAGACUAAUCAUCGCCGC